AUGGCUCAGUGGACCUUGACCCCUGACUCUCCUCUUCUUUCUUGUGCAGAGAGCACAGGUCGAGGUGUUGCAGACAGCCUGCAGAGGUUUUCUUCCCUGCCUGCCUAUCUCCCGGCCAGCUUCCACGUCACUGAUGCAGAAGAGGCUUUCUUCCUCAAGGAGGCCAACCAGGACCUCAUGCGGAACGCCAGCCUACAGGCCCGGUCCGCCACACUCUUCAUCCACCGAGCCCAGAGUCCUCCGGCUAUCAAUGCCAGCUACGGUCCCUUCUCCGUAGAGAAGACGGUACCCUGGGACUUCCUGCUCACGCUCACCCCUUUUGGAACUAUGGAGAGGUUCCCGUUCAACUGGAGGCUCAAAUCCCAUAUCCUCGACAGUUCCAUCUUUUCCAACAGACCCAAAGUGCAGACACUGUUCUAUGUCACUGGCAUGGGAUGGGAUGAAAGUGACCCUGGCGAUGAUCUUCCUUGCGUCAAGAUGUUUGCCUUCCCAGAGGCCAGGGAAGUGGCAGCCAGCUGCCGGCUGCAAGGGGCCCCUGGGUUGUGUGUAGCAGAACUGGAGUUACUGCCUGAAUGGUUCAGCUCAGGUCUGGACCUUGAACCCCGGGAGGAGAUUCCGGCGUUGCUGGGUGGUACAGCCAUGGAACUCUUCUUUGCGCUUUAUCCAGCCAACGAGGCUGGCCAGUGCCCACUGGAGGAGGAGGGCAAAUGGGAAAACAAUAUCCACUCAGAACAGGAGGAGCCUCAGCCAAUGCUCCCCGCCAGGGAGAGGAUCGGCAGUGUGGUGGUCUACCCUACCCAGGAUGACCUACGGUGGUCCUUGGUGACCCUCGAUGACAAUGUGGCCCUCUCGAUCCCUCUGAACCUCAUCCGAGAAGGGGACACGGCCACCUUUUUGGUUUCUCUGACCAGUGGCUCCCUGGCUGAGCAGUUCACUCUUCGAAUCAAGGCAGCUGCGGGAGUGAAGAUAACAGCCGUGAGGGUGAGCCAUGAGGACCAGUGGGCAGUGCAGGAGGAAAUUGAACAGGACGGUACCCAGACCACGGCUGCCCUGUCCUGCAUGGGCCACCACCCGGACACCCAGAGCAGGGCAAACGGCUCCUUCUAUGAGAUUCUACAAGUGGACUUUGGAGUUGAUAACAGCAGUGGCCUGGCUGGGGCCCAGCAGAUCACCUGGCAGGUAGAAUAUCCCGUGGAAGACUCCAUGAGUGAGCUCUUCGUCUCUGAGAUCUUCAUCAGCCAGACGACCUUUGUGGGCAUCGUCCCGCUCACCAUGGACACAGAAGUUUUGAACACCGCCAUUCUCACCGGGAAGCCCGUCUCAGUUCCUGUCAAGGUCGUGGGGGUUCAAGAAGAUGGCUCUGUGGUGGAUGUGUUGGAGUCUGUGGAAUGCAGGUCUGCCGAUGAAGAUGUUGUGAAGGUCUCCAACACCUGUGAUUCUAUCUUUGUGAACGGGAAGGAGAUGAAGAGCAAAGUGGGCACAAUUGUCAACUUCACCCACCAGCACUUCACUUCCCAGGUGGAGAUCACCGUCUGGGUGCCCCGCCUGCCACUGCAGAUUGAGAUCUCAGAUACGGAGUUGAGCCAGAUCAAGGGCUGGAGGAUCCCAGUGGCACCCAACAGGAGGCCCACCCGGGAGAGCGAUGAUGAGGAAGAUGAGGAAAAAAAGGGACGAGGGUGUACCCUGCAGUACCAGCAUGCCCUGGUGCGUGUCCUCACUCAGUUUGUAUCUGAGUCACCUGACCUGGGUCAGCUGACCUACAUGCUGGGUCCUGACUGGCAGUUUGACAUCACUGACCUGGUAACCGAGUUUGUGAAGGUGGAGGAGCCGAAAAUUGCCCAGUUACAGGAUGGCAGGAUCCUGGCAGGACGGGAGCCAGGCAUCACCACUGUGCAGGUCCUUUCGCCUCUCUCUGACUCCAUCCUUGCAGAGAAGACGGUUAUUGUCCUGGAUGACCGAGUCACUAUCACAGAGCUGGGUGUACAACUGGUGGCUGGCCUGUCCCUUUCUCUGCAGCCUCACAGGGCAGACAAGAGGGCCAUCAUCUCCACAGUGGCUGCUCAGGAUGUUCUCCAAGCCCCACAGCAGGAAGCCGUAGUCAGUUCCUGGAUUUUGUUCAGCGAUGGCUCAGUGACACCUUUAGACAUUUAUGAUCCCAAGGAUUUCUCGGUGACCGUUUCCUCAUUGGAUGAGAUGGUGGUGUCUGUCCAGCCAAACCUUCAGACCAGAUGGCCAAUCGUGGUUGCCGAAGGUGAAGGACAGGGGCCCCUGAUCAAGCUAGAAAUGUCCAUCAGUGAGUCUUGUCAGAAGAACAAGAGGAAGAGUACUCUUGCCGUGGGCAAAGGAAAUGUCAAGGUCAGAUUUGAACCUGGAAUGCAUGAGCAGCAAGGAGGCAACGACAUUGGAGGGAUAAACCGGGAAUACAAAGGCCACCUCAGCAAUUCCAUAGAGCGUGAGGGAAGCCAGGAGCGUGCAGCCCAGGAAUGGUUCCAACAUGGCACACCAGUUGGCCAUGAGGACAGGACCAACAAAAGCACAACCCCACAGUCUCCCAUGGGAGGAAAGCUCCUCAAAGGUGGAACAGAUGCUUUCACGAGCUUCCCCACUCAAGGGAAAUUACCAGAAUCCAAUAACCCUGGUGACCUCACGAUGACCUCCAGGGGGUUAACGGAUUUGGAGAUCGGAAUGUAUGCCCUGCUUUGUGUCUUCUGUCUGGCCAUCUUGGUCUUCCUGAUCAACUGUGUGGCCUUUGCUUGGAAGUACAGACACAAAAGGUUCGCGGUGAGUGAGCAAGGCAACAUCCCCCAUUCCCAUGACUGGGUCUGGCUCGGGAAUGAGGUAGAACUGCUGGAGAAUCCCGUGGACAUCACUCUGCCCUCAGAGGAGUGCACAACCAUGAUCGACAGGGGUCUGCAGUUCGAAGAGAGGAACUUCCUGCUGAAUGGCAGUUCCCAGAAGACUUUUCAUAGUCAGCUGCUUAGACCCCCUGACUAUGUGUAUGAAAAAGAGCUGAAAAAUGAACCUAUGGGUUCCUCCGGCCCAAAGAGGAAGAGAGUCAAGUUUACUUCCUACACCACCAUCCUCCCUGAGGAUGGGGGCCCAUACACCAACUCCAUCCUGUUUGACAGUGAUGACAGCAUCAAGUGGGUCUGCCAGGAUAUGGGGCUGGGGGACUCGCAGGACUUCAGAGACUAUAUGGAAAGACUACAGGACCAGAUGUAA